AUGGCCUAUGGCUACAUUCGAUGGGUAGUAACUACUCCGGUGCAGAAGCUGGAUAUGUGCUGGCAUUACUUUGCACUGUUCUUGAUGAAUCUUGGUAUUGAGAUGGUUUGUUGUACAAUGUUGCUGGAGUUUGUGUUCAGGUACUUGAUGAUAUGUAGGUAAGAGUUUGAAUGGAAGUUUUUAAAAUUAAAAAAAAUUUUUUUUGGUUUUUUUAAUGCCCACUCAAAGGGUAUCCUUUACAUUCAUAUAGACCUCUAAAGGAGAGGGGCUCAACUUUUCAGCACAGUUUGACGCAGCCCAGCUCGGGUCCUUGUCGGCAUUAGAAGUCACCUUUCAUGUCAUUUUUGGCUUAUAAUUUAAAUUACAUGCUUGGAAAUACCGAAAUUUCAGAAACUACACAAUGACCAAGUGUAAGAUAGCCAUUGUUCUUACGAUUUGUUUAUGUGUAUUUGCCUUCCACAAUUACAGUGGUAUUAGGCCUGUAAAAGAAUCAACUGAACGUUACACCGACAGUGAAAUCAACCAAAUUUUCAGUCAAAGUUUUUGGAAAAUUAAUGGGACAUUAUUGAAGGGAAUUGUCAUUGAAAAGGUAAUAUAA